AUGACGGAAGCCCCAGACUUAUUAAAAGCUAUCCAAGAUAUUCAGUCUUCGUUGGCCGUUUUACCUGAUAUACAAGUUCAGAUAGCAAAGUUAACAGAAGCUAUUUCAACUCUUGUGCCUCCCGAAGGGAAAGAAAGACUCACACCAAAAAUCGUAAUUAAUGGGGUUUCGGAUUUUCCUAUGUCACCAACACACUCUCCUAUGGUAGAAACGACAGGAUCAGUUAGCGAACCUAUUGAUGAUUUAUCAAAUAUCAAACAGCUUUCUGAAAGAGACACUAGUAAUAUAAAGAUUGUCGGUAAUGAAUCUCAUAAUGAAUCAGGUGAUAAAAGUAAAAAAAAAAUGUCCGUCGCUGAGAGAAAAAAAUCUAGAAGAGCGAGGAAGAAGCAGGUUGCUAGUCAGAGCCAAGGAGAAUCCUCAUCUAAUGAGGCUGAAAUUGAACAAAAAUCUGCACAGGAGAUCCAACCCAAAAAAAUACAAGAGCAGGGCCACGCGCUUAUUCGGGAAGGGGCGACACAGCCUCCACCAAAAGCGCCAGCGCGAAAUAAAAUAAAUAGAACAAUUUAUAGAAGUGGCAGUAAGGAAAGAAUCGAUAGGAAACAUGGAAAUGUUUAUCCACGUGAGACUUUACAAGAUAAUUACAAUUUAUCAGUACCCACUUUUGAGGAAAUGAAAUUGAGGCCCGAAUUACUACGAGGAAUUCGCGCAUUGGGGUAUGAUCAACCAACUUCUAUCCAGAAACGCGCGAUCAAAGCGAUCUUAACACGUCGUGACGUCAUUAUUCAGGUGCCUCGUUCCGAAGAAAGAACUUUAACAUAUUUGAUCGGUCUGCUUCAGCAUGUAGACCCACGUAUUAAAUCUUGCCAAGGAAUUGUGCUUGUACAUUCUAAAGAUCUAUGCUUUGCCAUUCAAGAUCUUAUUGAAGUAAUGGCCAAGCACCGUCAAAUUUCGUGGUCCGUUUGUGUCGGCGGUUAUCCUGUGAGACAAGAUGUCGAAAAAUUGAAAAGUGUGGGUCAACAAAUAAUCAUCGGAACACCAGGUCGUUUAAUCGAUUUAAUGACAGAAAGAAGGGGAUUUGAUAUCAGUGACGUUAAAAUGAUUGUUGUUGAAGAUUCAUGUAUUAUGUUUAAUAGUACGUUUCGUACGCAGGCUUUGGAUAUUAUCCAUAGAUCACCAAAUAGAGCACAGAGAGUUUUCAUGACUACGGCCACAACCUUCACUCUUGCCGACAUUAAACGUGUAUUAACACCCAGUGCCAAUAUCAUUCUCACUGAUGUGCACAUGAGCGAAGGAUUAGAAUUGUUUUAUACACUUGUAGAAAAAGAAGAGUUGAAAUUAAACUCUCUUUGUGAACUUUACAAAACAUCGGAUAUGGGAAAGUCAAUUAUCUUUUGUGACAAUGGAGAAAGGGUCGACUGGUUAGCUGAUAAAUUAUCCACAUUAUUUGAAAAUAUUGAAGUGUUCCCAUUGCAUUCUAUGACAAACCAAUCUGAACGACAUGAAAUUGUUAAAACAUUUUGGCAAUCAUCAAAUCCGGCGAUUGUUGUCACAACGGAUAGCUUUGCGGCGGUGCUUUCAUUUAAACCAGUCAAAUAUAGUAUUCAUUUUGAUUUACCAUACAAGAAAGAAGAUUAUCAUGAUCGAAUUUGCUGUUGUGGAGGGUAUGGAUCUUCAGGUACUGUCAUCAAUAUCCUACUGCGAAACCAAUUAUAUGAUCUUGGACUUCUUGAACGUUAUUUUCGAAUACAAAGUAAAGAACUCCCGCUUUCUAUAUGA